AAUCUGUAUCCUCCCGGAAUACAGGUAUACAAACACACAGCUUCUACCCAUACCAUACAGAACCAAACCAACGAUGAACUUUUUCAAUCGACAAAAGACACGGACGCCCGCGGACACAGUCAAGAGCCUGAAGGACAACAUAACACGUCUAGAUAAUGCCCCGGCUGGAGAGGCAAGCAGAAAGAUUAAUGAAGAUAUUUCUCGCCAACUGUCUAUCGUCAAGAUUCUUCUUUCUGGCGAAGGUGACACUGAGCCAAACCCGGAUGCCGUUGCGCAAGUGGCAAACGAGGUGUAUGCCCAGGAUCUUCUUAGUUUAAUGGUCGUCCAUUUGGGCAAGUUUGAUUUUGAGGCUAGGAAGGACGUUUGCAACAUUUACGGCGUCCUGCUCCGUCGUCAACUGGGCAGUCGUUCACCCACUGUGGACACGAUCGCUACCCGUCCCGACAUCAUCUUCAACACACUCAAGGGGUAUGCCAACCAAGAUAUCGCGCUCAAUACCGGGAUGAUUCUAAAAGAAAUGUUGCGGUAUGAGCCGUUGGCGAGAAUCUUGUUGUAUUCCGAUCAGUUCUAUACAUUCCCUAGCUAUAUCGAGAACACUUCAUUUGGCAUCUCUUGCGAUGCGUUGGCUAACAUGAAGGAAACACUCACACGACACAAACCCAUGGUUGCGCAAUAUAUCGAGGCCAAUUAUGAUCGAUUUUUCAACAUGUACAACACUCUCAUCCUUUCGUCCAACUACGUGACUAAACGACAGUCACUCAAGCUCCUGGGCGAGAUUCUUCUUGAUCGGGCCAAUUACAAUAUCAUGACGCGAUAUAUCGCCUCGGAAGCCAAUCUGAAGAUGAUGAUGAAUUUUUUGCGAGAUAAAAGCAGGAAUAUUCAAUUUGAGGCGUUUCAUGUUUUCAAGGUAUUCGUGGCCAACCCGAACAAGCCUCCGCAGAUUGCCAGUAUCUUGCGUCGAAACAAGGAGAAGCUGCUAGUAUUUUUAAGAGAAUUUCAUAAUGACAAGGAUGAUGAGCAAUUCAAUGACGAAAAACAAUUCCUUAUCCACCAAAUUCAACAGUUGUAAAAUCCCCCUCUGCUUCCAGUGGUCUGGUCGGUGAUCGUCGCUCCUCGGUCCGUUGCGUGUUUCUCCCCAGAUAGACUUAUUUUUUGCCACCACGGGACAGUCGCCGAAGCAUUUUUGCGUGGCCGUUCGGCGCAGUCGUCCCCUCCCGUAAUCCCUAUUCCCUAAUCCGUAUUACAGCAUCUUAUUCACAAAGUUUCACGACAUACGAAAUUUGACGGCCUUGCUAUUUAUUGAUAUUUAUACGAUUUCCCGGCUCGUAAUGCUGGUUAUAGUUCUGUGCAUAGACCUUGUUGUUCCCUGGUGAUUCAUUAGCGGCUGUAUGCAUAGUAAGAGACGGGACGUU